GCUUGGCUGUCGUCCACUGCGGCCACCAAACCCCUAUGUGCACGCGCUCACACAAUAAACACCUCCUCACAGCAUUAUCCAUGGGAUUACCGUCUUUUCUGUGACACCUGCUGCCUUUUUGGGUUUGCACAGCUUUGAUCCUGCCAAUGGGGACUCGAGUCUGACAGCAGAGAAAGCGUUUGUGAAGAAAAUAAAUAAGUUCUGCUGGUAGUUUCUAUUGGAAACAUCACGUCUCAAGCAGCAAGCAAAACAUGACAGACACAAUGUUCGGCAGUGAGAACGAGCAGUGGGUCUGUCCAAAUGACAGGCAACUCAUGCUUAGAGCAAAGUUGCACACUGGUUGGUCCAUCCACACGUUUCAGUCAGAGAGACAGAGGAAAGCUCAGGCGCUGGAGAAGAGAGAGCUGGAUCUCAUCAUGAGUGUCAUUCACCGCGCUGAGCAGCUCGAGCUCAUUGAGCAACACCGCAUCGGACGUCUAGUGGAGCGUCUGGACAACAUGAGGAGCUCUGCCAUGGGAAACGGCCUGUCACAGUGUCUGUUGUGUGGAGAAGUAUUCGGUCUGCUGGGCUCUUCAUCUGUUCUCUGUUUGGACUGCUGCAUGAAGGUCUGCACUAAAUGUGGAAUCGAGACGACUGCAGGCGGUCAGAAACGGACCCAGUGGCUUUGCAAGAUCUGCAGCGAACAGAGAGAGGUGUGGAAACGUUCAGGAGCCUGGUUCUACAAAGCCUUGCCCAAGCAUAUUCGUCCCAUUAAGGAUUCAAUUCUAGAUAACAGGAAGCCGGUAAUAGAAAGAGGAGAACAACUGCCAGUGGCCAGGAGUGCACCAAUCAGCUACACGUGGGCUCAAAGCAGAGUUUACUUGAGUGAAAGUGAUGGCAGUGAUGCUGAGCUCAGUGAAUGCAGCAGUGACAGAAAGACCUUCGCUUCAGAGACCAAUCAAAGAAGAGAUUCUGAAUCGAGUGGAGGCCAGGUUCAAACACCCCAAUCCAGCUUUACCAGUCCAACUCGAGGCAACGUUCAUAUUGAAAGUCCAUCCAGUUUGGUCAGCGAGCAAAGCAGCAGCAGCAGUUUUAACCCUGGUCUGGAGGACGAGGUCAUUGACCAUAGCCGAACCUUACUGACUCCUCCGGCCCUCAGCCGCGCUGGCUCCCUGCGGAGCAGCUCCACCAGCCAGAAGUCCGAGGGCCCACAAGCGGAUGCCAACCGGGAUGAGGACGACCUGGACCAAGCCUUCGGCGCCACUGCACUUGUGGCCAGCAAGAAAGAGGAAGAGCCGGACGUGGAGGGCUACGAUUCAGACGACUCCACUACACUCGGCACUCUGGACUUCAGCCUUCUGUACGAUCAGGAGAACAAUGCCCUGCACUGCACUAUCAACAAAGCCAAGCUUCCUGUUCCCAGAUACAAGAAGGGACUCAAACCAAUGGAUCACAAUGGGCUGUCAGAUCCCUAUGUUAAGCUGCACCUGCUGCCUGGAGCCAGUAAGGCCAACAAGCUCCGCACCAAGACCCUACGCAACACUCUUAACCCUGUCUGGAGUGAGACCCUGACGUAUUAUGGAAUAACAGAUGAGGAUAUGGUUCGCAAAACUCUCAGGAUUUCAGUGUGUGACGAGGACAAAUUCCGCCACAACGAAUUCAUCGGCGAAACCCGCAUCCCCCUAAAGAAACUCAAACCCAACCAGACCAAGAACUUCAGCAACUGCUUGGAGAAACAACUUCCUAUUGACAAGACAGAUGACAAGUCUCUGGAGGAGAGAGGGCGCAUCAUGAUCUCUCUGAAGUACAGCUCUCAGAAGUCUGGUUUAGUGGUGGGCAUCAUCCGCUGUGCCCAUCUUGCUGCCAUGGAUGCCAAUGGCUUCUCUGACCCUUAUGUUAAAACGUAUCUCAAGCCAGAUGAGAACAAAAAAUCAAAGCACAAGACAGCUGUCAAAAAGAAGACUCUCAACCCUGAAUUCAAUGAAGAGUUUUUCUAUGAAAUCAAGUAUGCUGACCUCAGCAAAAAGACCCUGGAGGUGACAGUCUGGGACUAUGACAUCGGCAAAUCCAAUGAUUUCAUUGGUGGAGUGUCUUUAGGUAUAAAUGCCAGCGGCGAGAGGCUAAAACACUGGUUUGACUGUCUGAAAAACAAGGACAAGAAAAUCGAACGCUGGCACACGUUAACCAAUGAACUCCCUGGUUCAGGGUACAAUGACUGAAAGGCUGCAGCGAAGCCCCGGCCCUUUCCUACAUGAUGUCCAUGUAAAGCUCAACAGUCUGUGAUGGACAGAUCAACACUCCAGCAGUCCAUUGAUUUCGAGAUGAGUGCCAGAAACCACAUCUCUUGUACUUUUUCCUGGUGUUGAGCUUGCAGUCUGAUUAUGUGGCUUUGAUGUGGCUUUUGGGCUUAUAUAAGGGUCUGUGUUCGUACAACCUCAUUGAAAAAAAAACGGAGAGGUGUUGUUCCCACAGCCAAUGAGAGAUCAGUUACUGUCUUUAAAAUAUAUAACCACACCCUACUGCUCUCUAUCUCCAUUCUCUUGGCUGUCUUCGUAUUCAAGAAUGCUGUUUACAGAUGUUAACUCUCAGUAAAUGUAUCAUUAUGCGUAUGCAUCGUGGCAGCAACAGGGCUCCAAAAACACAAUUUCCGAAACAACGGCAUAUUGUUUACAUCUGGAGUAUAUCCCGACCUUUCUGAUGCCUGUUUUUAGGGCAGGGUAUGAACUGCGCUGUUUAUUUUACAGACUGAUUAUUGUGAGGAUUAUAUUUGACAGUGAAAUUCUCUUACAAUUUAUAUGAGUUUUUACUUCCCCCGUCUAUUAUAAUAGGCUAGAGGUCUUGUUUUUCCUGGUAACAUUGAAUAACCUUCAAGUUCGCCUCCUUAAUGAAUGUAAUUUACCUUUCAUUUUUGUGCUCACCACAUUGUUACAGCACACAUCAGAGUUUUUAACAGCCAUUUUUUUCAAGAAAGAAAACCCGGUUUUCAUAGAGGACAGAUAUAUAUGCUAAAAAAAGGCACUAUUCUCGAAAUGGACACCAUGGAUUAUUCAACUUUUAACUGGAGGUUUUACUUGGCUAUUAAUUAUUUAUUAGCCCAAUUCAUGUAUUGCAUGUAGAGUUGUCACAAUACUGGAAUUCGCUACCAAUCUGUACUAAAAUUUUAAAAACGUCCAUUUUUUGUGAACAUUUGAGCGCUGUUAAGCACGUUCUUCAACACUGCUCAGGAGAAAUGACUGUGAUUGGCUGUGAAGGUCAUCAGUUCACCAAACCUGCCACUGUUUACUCAGUGUAAACACAAAUAUAGGGACACCGGAGAGUUUCAAAGUCUGGUCGAUCAGCUUAUUUUGUCUAUAUAAAUAUAAACCGCGACAUUAAAACCCUACAGUGUCCCUGUAUCUGUGUUUACACUCAGUAAACAGCGGUGAGUUCUGUGAACUGAUGAGCUUCACGGCCAAUCCCAAUCAUUUCUGUUGACUGAACACAAUGGCAAAUCAGCAGUGUUUAAGAGCGUCGCUCAAAUGUUCCCGGGAAAUGGACGUUUUUAAAAUGUUGGUAUCAAUUGGCACCGAAUUCCCUUGUCGUGACAACCCUAAUUGCAUUAAAAGGGACAGUUCACUCAAAAAUGAAUAUUCUGUCAUCAUUUACUCUGUAAAAUUUACCAUUGACUUCCAUAGUAUUUGUUUUUCCUUCGGUGGAAGUCGAAGGCGUUAUUCUAUGGUGUUCAACAGAAGAAAGAAACCCAUGUUUGUAACCACUUGAGGGUGAGUAAAUGGAGAAUACAUUAUCAUUUUUGGGUGAACUGCACCUUUAACAUCUAAGUUUUCAGUCUGUGAAUCUAAAAUGGAUUUGACAAACUUUCACAAGUUACAUUUGUUUUAAGAAUUAUUAAUGGCAUGUUUAUCUUAUACUUCCUUUAAGCAUUUUAAAGAUGACUUAAUAUAUUUUUUUAAAUACUGUUUAUGGUUUAACAUGUUUGUUUCAAUUCUGUCUAUUUCGUUAUUAAGUUGUGUUAUUUUGUGGCAUUAUAUUAUAACCAAUGUAUUAUUUUAACCUUUUUGUGUUAUUGCAUAUUUAGCAUGCUGCAGGUGGGUAUGGUAGAUAAUAUUAUAUUACUGUAUGUUUUAAAAUUCUGUUGUUAUUGUUGGUUAUUUUUUCCCUAAAUUAUCAGUACAUUUUAUUUAUUGUUUAAGGUCUAGAUUGGAGAUGUUGGCCAUUUAUUAAACACAUUGAAAUUCUGAGAUCGACAAACCCUGUAUACAGCCCUAAGAUCUAUGUUCAUCAACUGAGAAACCUUAUCUCUUUCUGACAAUGUUCAUUGUGCGAGUCACGCCUGUGACAUUUUUGUAAUCUUUUUGCUUUUGUACACAAUCUCUAUAGCAUAAAAUGCAUGCAAUGUUCUUGGGCUGUCAUUAAAAUAACUUUGCUUAAUGUUUGAUACUGCUGUUCUCCUCUGUAAAAAGAGAGUUCCUGCUCUUGGAUGCUACAAGAAUGUCAGCCUUCCUUCUCGGACCGUUUUUUGUACUUUUGAACGCUAUCGCAUUGCCCGUCAGGUUGUUCUAUUGACUGGACAUGUGACUGCAUGUUACAAAAAAAUAAAAACUCUUGUCUUGUUUUGAUCAUU